UGGCAGUAUAACCUAAACCGCUGUCGCAUGCACAGUUUAAAAAGUUACAUCAACGCAUGCGCGGUGGGCGUAAAAACGCGGGAAAACACACUUGACAUAAACAAAAACAAAUGAUUUAUUGAUUUUUAUUUUUAUUGCUACCUGUGUUGUAAAAACUGUGAUAUGUUGUCAUUAAAAUAGAUAAAAUAUAUCUAUUUAAUAUAAGCAUUUUUAUUUGAAAAAUAUACAUAAGUGUAUAAUAAUGGAUUUCCUAUUAAGAUACAUAUAUUAACUGUUAAAUUGUGUUAGUUUUCGCAGACAAUUAUGAAGUGUGUCUAAAAUAAAUGAUUUUAUCACGCAAAGAAACUCCAAGUAUGACACUCUCCAUUGCUCGCUGAGCAACUUGAAGCUUCUGCAUACCGCAACAAUUUAUAAUAAUAUUGAAAGUGAAAAAUGAAGUUAAUAGAUCCACGGCGGCUGCUGGGCAGGGUAUUCCCCAUAGUUCAAUGGUCAAGAAGCUAUGAUACUCAAUCGGCUGUCGGUGAUUUGAUUGCUGGCGUCACUGUGGCUCUUACUCUAAUACCACAGUCAAUUGCUUACGCAUCAUUAGCUGGCUUUGAACCUCAGUAUGGUCUAUAUGCAUCGUUGAUGGGCGGUUUCACAUACGCUUUAAUGGGCACAUGCCCUCAGAUCAACAUCGGGCCUACUGCGCUGCUAUCUCUCCUAACGUUCACAUAUACAAGCGGUACAAAUUCAGACUUUGCAGUAUUAAUAUGCUUCGUUGGCGGCAUCGUUCAGUUAAUCGCCGGGAUCGCCCAACUUGGAUUUUUAGUUGAAUUCGUAUCGUUACCAGUAGUAUCUGGAUUCACAUCAGCAGCGGCUAUCACGAUAGCAUCUUCACAAAUCAAAGGGCUGUUAGGCUUGAGGUUCAGUGCUGAAUCUUUUACAACAACUUGGCGAGGCGUAUUCCAACAUAUAUAUGAAACCAGGUUGCCAGACACGUUACUAAGUUUAGCCUGCUGCAUUGUACUUAUGGGGAUGAAAGUGUUAAAGGACAUUAGAGUCAAAGGAAUGCAAGAUAAGAAGAGCCGUGGGAGUGCUGUAAUAAUUCAGAAGUGUUUGUGGUUUGCCGGUGUAGGCAGGAAUGCUGUGGUUGUCGUCUUGGCAGCCGUGUUGGCUUUCUUUGUACAUCAGGACAAAAAUGAGCCAUUAAUUUUAACAGGAAAUAUAACUCCAGGUUUACCGAUGCCUCAACUGCCUCCCUUUUACACUUCGGUAGGGAACACCACGUAUACGACCGGGGCUAUGUUUGCCCACCUUGGCUCUGGGUUAUUAGUUGUUCCGUUAGUGGGAAUCAUAUCUAAUGUCGCUAUAGCCAAGGCUUUCGCAAGAGGCCGCACGUUGGACGCUUCUCAAGAAAUCGUCGCUCUCGGUGUGUGUAACUUCAUAGGCGCUUUCUUCCGUUCGUUUCCUGUGAAUGGUUCGUUCACGCGGAGCGCUGUGAGCGACGCAUCCGGUGUAAGGACUCCAGCGGCUGGCCUGUGUACAAGUAUUAUAGUAUUGCUCACACUGGCGCUCCUUACUCCGUAUUUCUACUUUAUACCGCGGGCCGCACUAGCCGCUGUCAUUGUAUGCGCCGUGCUACAUAUGGUGGACAUUACUAUUAUGAAGAAGCUUUGGGCUACUAGCAGAUUGGACAUUAUUCCGUUGGUGGGAACGUUUGUGUGUUGUUUAGCGCUGGGCAUAGAACUGGGUCUCAUCUGCGGAGUGGGCAUCGACGUAGUCCUGUUACUUUAUUAUCAUUCGCGACCGCCACUUCGAGUGCAGUUCGUUGAUGAUGGAAACCUUCCACCCCAUUACGCCAUACAUCCAGUCGGGGGGCUCCAUUUCGCUGGCGCAGAAAGAGUUCGCUCUCAAUUAAUUUCAUUAAGAAACACCAAAAUAACUAACACGCGACUGGAAGCCUUAACCGUUAUAACGGACGACAAUGUCCCCACAAUACCCCGCGAUCCUGUGGCCAAUGGCACAAUAGCCGUGGGAAACGGUAACAAUGUAGGAAAUGGUAACAAUGUGGGAAAUACGGAUAAUUUCGUGGGGAAUGGCACAGGAGGGGCGGAAAGAGGGAGAUCGGCGAAUAUACUGGUGAUUUAUUGCGACGCCUUGUACAGGAUGGAUUAUACAUUUUUGCAGAGUAUUAAAAUGUUAGUGACAGAAUGGUCGAGAAGCGGUCAGGUUAUUUGGUGCAAUACCAGGCCUGCGAUUAAAGAGCAACUCGACAGCGUACUACAUGAGCCUGUAUACUGUGAUAGCGAUUUGAGAAGGUUCCUAAUAGGUAUAUCUGUGGUUGAUGAACAACAAACAAUUACCGAUACGCCGCUUUAGCAAAACAUCGGUAUUCCCGCCGCAGAAAUGUAAUAGUAGAAGUUUGUAAAUUAACUGUUUGUAAAUAAAAUAAUUUAAUUUUAAUUAAGUA